AUGGUGAAGACUAGGAGUUCAGGGGUGAUAAAAGCUGACGAGUCAGCAGUUAGAGAGCAUGAGGUUGAAGGUGAGGAGGGAUUUGAUGAUGAAGAAGAGGUGGAGGAGGGAUUUGAUGAUGAGGAAGAAGUCGCUUUGAAGGCCAGGAAGAAGAAGGGCAAGGCAGUUGCUCAUCAUGGAGAUGUAGAGGAGCCUUCAGAGAAGAAGUCUUGUAAGAGGAAGAGUGAGGCAAAGGAAGACAAUGGGAAGAAAAAAAGACUGAGACCUAAAUACCCUAACAUGCGGUGUGCUCCAAUGAGGCUAUAUGAUACUAUGGUGAAGAUUAAAAAGGACGACGCAAAGCGUAAGGACAUUGAAGAUAUAGGACUUGGUUGUUUGAUUGAGAUGAAUGGUUUUGUUCUACACCGUGGCCUUGUCAAUGCACUUUUUGGGCGUUUUGAUCCGAAGAAUAUGGUGCUGAGGGUUCAUGGACUUGAAUUGAAUGUGUCUGCCAAGGAUGUGGAGCAUGUGUUGGGGUUGAAGGACAGAGGUCUGGACAUUAAGAAGCUGUGUUCCCUUGAUGCUCAGAGUGAUUUGCAGCAAUGCAGAGCUGAUCUUGGGUUUGAAAGAACAGGAGAAAUAUUUGCUGGUUAUUUGGAAGAAAGGAUAACAAGUCUCCCGGCUGGGCUGAAGCACAAGGCAGCAUUUUUGCUAUAUGCGCUGCUUGUAUUCCUCAGGCCAGAGACUGGUAUGAAGGUUUCGGAUUUGAUGAUUAGGUUCCUACCUCACAUUGGUAGGUUGAAGAAAUUCAACUGGGCUAGUUAUGUCCUGGAUGGCAUUGUGGAGUGGGCAGAGAAAGUUGCAGAAAAGCCUAGAGGUUACAUCGGUGGAUGUGGGCUCUUUCUAAUGUUGUUUUACUUGGAGAGUGCACCCCUUUUGUCGCGUGAUGUACUUCCUUUGACUGAGUUGCCAUCUCCCCGAUUGUGUCAUCUAGGGAAGAUGCAAUUGAUGGAGCUGCAGAAGGCAUUGCAAAACAGGGGUGGCAUAAGUGGUCUUGAUAUGAAUUUUUAUGAUCCUAAACCACGAACCCAAUCUAUGCAUGCAAAAGUAGAUCAUGGAGGUUCACCUUCGUCGUCUAGUACGAACUACUUGGAGGAGAAGUUCAGUGUGUUGGAGCAGAGGGUUAUGACAGUGGAUGAUAAGAGAUGA